GGUGGUGUUACGUGGUUCAACUGAUGUUUUUAGACACAGGUCUGUCUCUUUGCCGAAUACUGCGGCAGUUUGGAACUUGAAAUGGCUGAUGAAGAGCUAAAGAAGGCGUUCCAAGAUUUGCAAUUCAAAACGAAUGAGACCAAAGCUCUGAUAGCUCAAGGCGAGAUCACCAAGAAGUUGAAUGCCCAGAAACAAAGAAUGUCUGAGUUAUCGGCUGCCAGUAUAGCGGAAGUCCCCACAGAUCUCUCAGUAUACCGCAGUGUUGGUCGCAUGUUUCUACUGACUACAAGAGAUUCGGAAAUCGAGCGGCAUAAUAAGGAAGCACUUGAAUAUAAGCAGAAGAUUGAAGCGUUUGGAAAGCAGAAAGAAUAUCUACAAAAAAAUUUGGAAGAAGCUGAGCGAAAUCUCCGCGAGAUGGUGCAAGCCAGGAGAGCAUGAAUGAAUAUAACUGCAAUCUAUGUUUGACUUACUGGUCUCAGCCGUGUAUAUCUGCAUUUUUUUAUAUUCUGGAUUCACGUGCCGCAAUUUCUGUCACGUUUCCCCCUCUUUCUCUGUUUGGGGGCAAUUUUUGUCGCUUGUUUUCUAAUUCGAAGCUAAUACAGAUAAACGAGUAUGUAAUAGCAACACCAUUGCCAAUUUCUGCACAAUUUUGAUGCGCUUCCAUCAUAGUACAAAGAUUUUAUCUGAUCUUAUUAGGCUCAAGAAC